AGCAGCGUCAGUCGCUCUCCGCCGCCAUCGUGGUGACACGCCGUGGUGUGCAGUGCUGCUGAAGCUUAUUAAAGAAGAACAAUGGUUUCCUAUCGGACAAAGGUGUCUGUCUUUGGAUUAGAUGAAAAAUUGCCUGUUUUUGGGUACAGCACUAAAAUGGGAAUGGAUCCGGCACAGGCCAGGAAGUGUUUUGCGCGAGCUGUCAACCGCGGCGUGCAUCUCCUCGACACUGCCUACUCUGACAUGUGUGAGCAGGAGCUGGGCAAGGUGCUUAACCUGUGCUGGAGGCGAGGAGACGCAAGGAACGAGUUUUUCAUCAUUACGAAGUUGCCCCUGAUCGCCAUGCGCUGGAACACCGUCAACAGGUUCCUCGACAUGUCCCUCAAGAAACUCGGCGUGGACUUCGUGGACGCUUUUCUUUUGGAAGCCCCAGUCGGUCUUCACUACAUCAGCGACACAGAGGUUUGCCCGGUUGACGAAAAGGGAAACUGUCUCCUAGACAUGACGACAGACCUGCUGGAAGUUUGGAAACACGUGGAGAUCUCGUACACCUCCGGACGCACAAGGCUGAUUGGAGUGUCUAACUUCAACAUGGAACAGGUGGACUGCCUUGUUAACAGGGCUCGCUUCCCGCCGUCCAUCGCUCAGUUCGAUAUUAACGCCUACAACAUGCGCUGUAUUGAAAGGGAGAAGCUGGAGGAUCUGGGCGUGGCAGUUAUGGCCGUCUAUGUGACAGGAAACCCCUUGCUUCAACCCAGUGAGAAACAGCCGAUCCUGCGCAGGCACCCCACCGUGAAGGCGAUCGCCCGCGCCCACAACGUAAACACUGUCACAGUCUUGAUUAAAUACCUCAUCCAGCUGCACAUCAUCUCCCUUGUCAAGUUCAUCUGCGUCGAUGAGAUAGACAAGGUUUGCGAGACCCUUGACUCGUUCACGCUGACUGACGCCGAGAUGAGUGCUCUGGAGGCCCUGGACUUGGGAGGCGACGCGCGGCUCAAGGAUUUCGUUGACUAUAAAGGGUGCCAGAACCAUCCGGAGUUUCCGUUCUUUUACGACGCCAGACGCCCAGACGUGAACCGCGGCAAGUGGAAGCGGUCCCGGAACCCCUAUGGCACCCCGCCGCGCUAUGACUACCUCGACCCGAACACUGCCUUCCCCGUCAACGAGUACGAUAACCAGAAGACGCACAAGAGGGCACAAGAGCUCCCUGUUAUAACUGCUACAAGAGUAUAUCCGAAAACUUCCGCGCAGGAGACUGCGAGUUCACCAUGCUGCGAUUCACACGCGAACCACAACGAUGUUAUGGAAUCUGAACAGAUUACUCAUGUCGGCGAUGUUCAAAAGGAAAUGGAUUUUGAACAAAAUAUUGCCAAUACCGCAGCACAUGCUAAAGAUAACCAAGUUGAGUUUAACUCUGAACAAAAUGCUGAAACCAGCAUAAGGUUUUCUAUUGAAGAUACACCUCCAAACGCCUUAAAGGAACCUAAAUACAAAGUUUGUAAUGUGAAAGAUGCUCAAACCCAAACACAAUCGCAAAUUUUCGCAACGAGUCACAUUACUUUAACUCUAACGACAAAGAAUGUAUUCCUUAAUGACCCUCCAACACAGUAUCGCGUAGAAUUCGAUGUUCCUUUCCAGCAAGGUGAAAAUACAAAAGAGACAGACAUGCAGGAAGAGAAACCGUCCUGUUUUCCGGUCACAAAACGAGUAAAAAUAAGAGCCCAGAGCCACCAGUCACCUAAAAAGGCUCCAACUCCUUCAAUUCCCUCUUCGGCACAAGUACUCACUUCUGCUGAGGUUGUGCCAAACCAGUCUGGGCAGGAAGCACGGCAGAGGAAGCGUCAGAGAGCGGAAACACCUUGCAACCAAUCUGCUGAAAAGUGAGGAUGUGAGUGCCACGCGUGUGAUGGUGUGAUGCGGAGCGGCCAUUGUUAGCGAGCAAGAAACUGAAGUAGGGGAAUAGUCUGUAAGAAGCUGGGCAAAGGAUUUAGGAGAGCUACCCUUCCAUAUAUAAAAUUUAAACCUCAAAAGUGAUAAUGAAAAAAAAUAUAUAUAAAAUGCAUGAUGCAAGAAAUAAAAUGCAUAACAUAUAGAUCAGUACAAGAAGCAGUUGGAAAGGAAUGUUAGAGAAUCAUUCCCAACACGCAAGUAAUUUACUAGUGCAAAAUAUUACUUUACUUCUUAAAUAGAUAAGGAAGAGCAUUACCAAAAACUACCGACUUAUGACAAAGGAAAUUCAUUUACAAUAAAAUGGACAAUGAAAAGCCGUGACAAAUAAUAAAAAUAAAAUGAUGCAAGUAAGAAAAUGGAGCAUAACAAAGUACUAGUCUAGACAUUUGAAAAAAAAGCAUUUUCUAAAUAAAUAACUAUAAAGUUUAAGUUUACUAAUAUCUACUGUGAAAGGCAUCUGACGUAAUCUCGUAUGACUUACUAAAACGUUUACGUUUUUGUUUAUCUUGUAGACUUGACGAUUUUUGUUGACACAUUUGGUGACAUGAAAGGGUAUUCGAUUUUUUUUAUAAUAUUUCCAAUAUGUUGCCUUAUUAUCCUCUCAUUUUUACAUUUUAGGUAUUGUAAGAGUUGGCCUCACAGCUGAAUGUGUUGUUUGGUCACUCCUCGACCUUGGUGAUUAUUUUACAUGAAAUACAUGUCAUGGUAUGUGUAUAGUUAACUUCGUCCCUUGAAGUAUAUCACCAAAAACAUAAGUGUUUCAGUACAUUACAGACCAUUUCAAGUGUACCUUCCAAAAACAUAGACCUAGGAGAGGGGGUAGCCGAGUGGUCAGUGCGCGGAUGUAGAGAUCCUGACGACCCAGGAAUCAAGUCCCACCGCAAGCAGCCGAAAAAUUUCAAUCAUCGCCGAGUGAAUUACCUUCAGGUCAUCAAUCAGCGACUUUGGUCAAGAGGAGCACUGUGGGCCAGCAUGGAUGAAGUCAAGUAU